GUAGGACUAAAAUCACUUCAAUUUUUCUCAAUAGUGUGUAUCAUUAGUAACAAACAUUGAUCCGAUAACUCCAAUGAAAGAGGCGUCGCCACCGGUAUCGGCGAUGGCCACCCCUACAAAUAGUAGUGGAAAUCUUGUAGAUGAAUUUGAAGAAGCUUUCCAGCAUUGUUUAAAUGUACUUACGAAAGAGGAAGCUCUAUCUACUUCUGACAAAGAUGAAAUAAAAGUAGAAGUGGAACAGACUACACUUCGAUUUAUAGAUUUAGCAAGACAAAUGGAAGCAUUUUUCCUACAGAAAAGGUUCCUAUUAUCUGCGUUAAAACCUGAAAUGAAUGUUAAGGAGGAUAUUAGUGAACUUAGACUUGAAUUAGCGAGAAAAGAAGAGCUGCUGAAGAGGCAUUAUGAAAAAAUUGCUGUCUGGCAGAAUUUAUUAGCAGAUAUACAAAGUUAUUCAAAAAGUCCUGCUCAAGGAUCUGGAACGCCAGGAGCAAGUUCUAUUCCACCUUCUCCAUUACCCAGCAUACCAGGAAAUCAGACACCAAAUCAGAUUAUUCCAAACAUGCCAGCCACUAUGCAACAACAAAUGCAACAGCAACAAUUACAACAGCAACAACAACAGUUGCAGAUGCAGCAACAAAUGCAACAGAUGCAACAACAGCAGUUGCAACAAAUGCAGGUGGGUCCAAAUUUGAGCGGGGGAGGAGUAGGACCUGGAAUGUUAUCUCCACAACAAGCACUUUUUAUGCAACAACAGGGUAUGGGUUCAUCUAGAGGACCUUUUGGUCAACAACCUCCUGGCGGAGUUUUACAGGGUCCUUUGGCAUAUCUUGAGAAGACUACUAGUAAUAUAGGAAUAACAGACGGUAGAAGGUGACGCGGGCGCGGGAGGGGGCGAGGAAGAGGCAGGGGCAGAGGCAGAGGGCGUGGACGCGGUGGCGGUACUUUGCCCGAUUACGUCUCUCCCUAAUACCCCCUCCCCGACCGAGCGUCAAUGUUAACAACGCUUGGCGAUGAUGCUGCCCACACUUUCAAUUCUUUGAUAUUAGAAGAAGAACUACUGGCAGCCACCAUGGGACAAACUUUGUUCUCAGAAAUGUAUUUUUAAUAACUCAUCUUAUACAGUUAAUAUUAACAAAAACUUAACAGCGAAUCACAGGGUAUUAUAAAUCAACUUUAGCUAUGUAAUUAACUCAAUCAAUGUGGAGUUAUAGCCGUAACAGUUACUAUAUACAUUGUUAUGGAAAAUUAUUAAAUAGUCAUUAAUUUUCAAUGAUAUAAACAAAAUUAAGGAAAAUAUGAAAAAUCUAAGACCGACCCAAUUACUAUUCUUAAAUUUCAAAACGGUUUGCUACCACUGCUCCCGCUUUGGUUAUGUUUCUAAUCAAUUCUUUCAAAAACACCUUUUCACCCAGCAACACUUUUAACCUUUGAAAUUUCAAACUUAAUUCUUCAAAUUCUUCUCGUGUCACUGCAAUCAACUUUAUACUUAAUCUUAUUUUACUUCUUAAUAAGUUUGUUCAAAUUAUAUAAUCUAAAAUUUUCUCUAUCUGAUUUUGAAAACUUGCCUUCGGUUUUCUACAUUGAGGUAACAUUUCCCUUGUUUAUUUAAAAGAUCAUUGAAGAUACUGUUCAGAUGAAUCAUUUCACCGAUAUAGAUUCUACACCAGAUGUAAUUAGACGUAGACAUUCCUCUUUUUCUGUCAACUACAUCUCCUGCCCAAUCAGAAUAUGUAUGAAUUCGUUUUAUUUCUUAUGGCUUUUGAUAAUAGCCUUGAGUCUUUUGGAAUUGCAAGAUCGUUUUUGCUGAUUUCUAGAGUUUGUGAAUACUCAGCUAUGGAGUUGCAACUGUGAUAUCGGACGUACUUACUUUUUACAAAUAAAAUAUAGUGUCCAAACCAAUUCUUAAAAUGGUAUCUAGAUAUCCGGCUUAUUUUCAUCAAGUUGCAAUUGUUAUUCCAUUGGAGUUUUGAUCUGUUUGCAAUAUUGCAUAAUGAAUUUUUCUAUCGGUGUAUAUGUUACGGUAAAUGUACACUCUUGGGAAAUUUACCGUAAAAUGUGUACACUUUCCUUCACGUUUUGGUAAAUGUAUUCUCUUACCUUCAUGUUUUAAGAAACGUUGGGAUACAAAUUAAUUAAAAAUGUUGUUGCAGUAGAAAGAAAUUAUUACAUUUUUAUAACAAAAACUCUUUAUUAACUAAUUUUAAUAAUUUUUUUUAACAAUCGUUAUUUUUGGUUCGCAAAUAUAAACAUUAUUUUUGAAUAGUUAUAUUAAACGUACAAUUGUCAGCAUUACUUAUCUGUAAGCACGGUAUUUCAAAAUUAUUCAUUGACGCGAGAUUUUUUGAAUUGCUUACAUUAUAAUGAGUUUGUUGAGACAAUUUCUGUGUUUGAGUUACCUGCUUUUUGAAUUUUGUUAGCUAUCUUAUAUAUUAAAAAAAUUGAUGAUUUCCAUUCCGAGUCCGUUCAGGCGUUUUACCCAACCGAUUUGCUUAAUUUUUUUUUUCAAUGAAAGGUAUUGAUGCACAGAUCAGCCAUCAACCAUCGGAUUUCACGUUCUAUCCUCGAUAUCUCAGAUUCUAUUCAAGAUAGAGACUUCGUUUUGGUUUAAGAACACUCGUUGAAACACCUUCUUUCUUUUGAGUUUUUGAACACUUGAAUCGGUUGAGUUGGUGAGGAGCUAGGCGCGGACAUUUAAUGUGGAGUUAUGGAUUUUUUUAGGUUUUUGGCAAUUUUUCUACAUUCAAAGAUCUAUAUCUCAGGUUCUAAAUAUAGCUACAGAGUUGUAUGUAGCCCUAUCACGUGGAAAAUCGUUCAAAAAUGUCAAGGUAGAGAUUAAACUAAAGGGUCGACGCAGAGCCAAUGUUGUUUGGAAGGAAGUAUUGUGAAAUUACAUAGUCUAUUGUAUUAUGAACAAUGUAGAAAUGAUGGUUGAUUUUUUGACCGUUCCCCGAUACUUUUUGUAUACCUUUGGCAACAUAAGUAUUGAUUGAUUUUAUGACGAAGCUAUAAUUAUCCACAUAGUCACUGCUGCGGAGCAGCACUGGUUCGGACUAGUAUCAAUCUUAUUCUGAACUGAAUCCUCAUUGUAGCCUUCGGAAAUUGGAGAUGAACUCCAACCACCAUGUCGUUUUAAGUUUAUGAUCUUGAUUUGUUUGUUUUGGUGUUUGGAACUUCAACCAAAAGCAUAGUUUGUUUGUCUUCAAUGUCGUCAAUUAAUAUAUUAGUGAUUCUUGCCGUCGACAUGCACCAGUAUAACCCAUAAUCAACAACACUUUGAUCAUUAGUUAUUGUUCGUCUGAAGCUUCUACUAAAAACUUAUCGAUAUCCUCUUUAUUAAGUACUCUAGACUUCUUUGCUUUAUACCCUACGGAUGUUUUCUUCAUAAACGUUGUUAAUUUGAAAUAUUUGCUUAUGUCGAUAUUUCUUUUGGUACGUAGCAUGGCCUUCAGCAUCGAAUAUAUACUCCACAUCGGAGAAGAUUUCAGCGUUUCUGAUUUUUCUGACAAAUACGCCAAUAACCCAUCUUCACAAAUGCUUAUUACCUUCUUUUCCAGGCACCACUUUUCAAAAAUUUGGUAUGUUUGUUCAUAUAGUGUCCGGGACUUCGAUGGUAAUAAAUCAAACGUUGCUUGGGUGGCCGCCUUAACAAUUUCAUCUGGUAUAAUUUCAUCUUCCAUUAAUUCACAAUCAAAUGCAUCAUUUUGAAUAUUCAUUUUAUAAUAAAUGUCUACACGAACUCUCCCACAGUCACGGGACUGACUCCGGAACCUCCAUUCUAUAGAAGAUCCUUUUGUUGUGUCACUUAAGUCUUCUGACGUGAACAUAGGUUGCUUCAGCAAAAACUAAAAUAUCGUUUGUUAUGUUUAAUUGUAGGAUUUGGAAAUAUUUUGAGUACGUAACACUUUAUUAAGCAAAUUGCCGAUUCUGCAUAGUUACAACUACAGUGUUUAUUAUACAUAAGUGUGUUUCUUCAGUUACAGGACGUUUUUAAAUUGAAUUAUUUUAAAUUAUUAUUCUCUCCCUUUUUUCGAUUAAUCCUUCGUAUGUCCUUGUUUAUUACAAAAUGAAGAAAUCACAACACACCAAUUAGAAAAUAAUUACAAAUACAACCAGUAUUCAAUUGUGUGACAUCAAGCAAAGAUGGCCGAACUGUCAAUGACGUAAUUCUGGAAUGGUCCAUUGUCAACCCUUACCAUUACUGUCGCUGUGAAACAUAACCUUAAAAUGUCUUUCGAUCGCGUUUUUAUUGCUACUAUCUUAACCUUAAAGUAUGGUUCAAUCACGUUUUUAUUGUCAAAUGUACCUUUGAAAUGUCUUUCUAUCGCGAUUCCACUGUUACUUCAAUAAUAAAUUAACACUCUAAACACUGAUUACAUAUUUAUUCAUAUUUAUGUUGAAUGAUUCAAUAACAAUAUAACAAUUGAACAAUUUUCUAAUUCCUUGUUUUUAGACUCUCAUUAGAAUGAAGUUUAGUUUUGAUUUAAAUAGUUUGAUUUGAAUUGCAUUUUAUUCACAUCCACUGUCGAAAAAAUUACAGAUUUGACGUUAGACUUACCAUUAUCACAACCUAUUUGUUAAUUUUAACUGUAUAAGAUAAAAUUAAGUUCGGUAAGUUUACGAUUAGACCGGAAGAUGGUGACGGAUAUUGGAAUGUGGUUUAGGUCAGUAUGCCAUUUCAAUGAUACUAUGAAGAAUCACAUAGCAAAAUAAGUUUCAGUUUUAUGAAAAGUAGACAUUUUUUAUUUAACUCCGGUUUUUCUAUUUACUGCGUUCGGCUAUGUACAUUUGCUGACUCUUGACUGUUCGGUAUCGUUCGGCAAUCCACUUUCGAUCCAAUUACUCGGUUCGUGUUCGGUUAGAUUCAUUUUUGAACACUCUGAAAGAGAGCUCUCAGAAUUAUUUUGACUUUUGACGUUUCGUUUGACAUUUCAAUGUUUUCCAAUUUUAUUCGAGAGUUUAUUUGUGAGUAUAAUACUCACAAACUCAGAGGUCACGAAUUGAUAGUCAGCUUUAGUACGAAUUGGUUAUCCAUUGCUAUACAGCACGGUCUAGAAACCAAGCCCAAUUUCUCUAUAGCGCUUGGUUCUCUUGACGCCCGGAGUGUUUGAAAUAGCCAUGGCGCAAAGUUGCUAUAUAAAAAUAUUAGAAAUGAACGUGGGUAUGACACGGUUACAUGUAAGACCGUGGGGUAGGGCCACGGUAGACUAGAGAUGAAAAUUUUGACAUAAAGCAUAUAGCCUAAAAUCGGCGAGUGUGUUAUGAAGUGUCACCUGUACUAUAAUUAAAUUAUUUCGGGAUUUCCAUAUUCAUCACAAUUCAUCUGCAGUUGAAAAUUUUAUUUUUUGACUGUUCAAUACUCAAACUAUACAAAAAGCGGCAGUUAUUUCUGGCAUUGUUGCUCUUAUACAACUAGAGAAAUGGCUUGUAUUGUAAAUUUCUUUUUGACCUUUUGCAGCUCUAUUCUGUCACAUAAUUUUAGUAUGAAGUCUUGCUGUACAUUUUUUCGAGCAAAAAUUUAUGCAUAUAUAAUAAUGAAUCUCGAAAUUAUAUCAGAGUCAGAGGUGAAUAAUAAAAUCCUUUAUUUUGAUACAUUUUACCCGCCUCAUCUACCAUAUAUAUAUAAGCCUUUUUAUUAGCCUUUUAUUGGUGGGAAUGUGGCAAAAUUAGACACCAAAGUGUACUAACUCUAAUAUAUUUCGGAGCUUUCAAAUACUUAUGUAUUGAUCAUCUGGGAAUUGAUUAGUUAAGAAUAGCGGCAAUGAAUACAUAAGUAUUGGAAGGCUCGAAAAAAUAUUAGAGUUAGUUGGUGUUUAAUUUUGCCACAUUCCCACUAAUAUAUAUGUAUUGUUAUGGUAUGAUAAUGUGUAAUGUUUAUUUUUAUAAAUUUUUUUUUUUUUUUAAUAAAAUCAGAUUUUAAUUUGGGCGCCAUUAAUAAUUAUUUGAAUUUCUUUAUUCUAUUAUGUUAUUAUUGUUUUUUUUUAUUCUCAGGGUAUUAUAUUGUGAGGUCAAAUUAAAAAAUUUUAUUGCGAUAAAUUGUUAUGGUUAUAAAGUCAGAUGAUAAUAGUUUUAAGGCCGGGUCUGUUCUUUAUAAUGAAUAAAAUAUUCAAAUUAUACAAUUUCUUAACUAGCUAUUACAAUUAUUUUAUUUUACAAACAUUCAUUCAUUCAUACUCGUAAUUACAUUCAUAAAACUAAAUUAUAUGGAAAUGUGAACUCAAAUAUUAUAUACUAAAAGAAAUACUUAAACUUAAUAGAAACAGUACCUUAAGUGUUUGUUAUGUUGUAUUUUUAAUUUUUUUUUAAUUGGAAAUUGUUACGGCCUUGCAGAAUAAACAGAUACUCCGCUGUAGUUCCACUCCUGUUCUUUUCCUUUUCACAACUUCUUUAUCUUGGAAAUUGUCCCUUUGUGAGUAUUUUCACUUAUUUCACUUUACUUAAUUGUUUUCACUAAUUUCUUAUUACUACACUUAUACAAUUAUUAAUUAUCAAUCCUUUGAAUAUUUUAUGCCUUUUUUAUCAAGAUUUUAAUUUUUUAAAUUUCAAUUAAAAGGGAGGUCAAAGCGGCUCCUACGGGAUAUUAGCAGAAAGAUUCAUGUUUUAUAUAAAUUUCUUUCUUUAAUUUCUUAUUUCUUAGACCUUUUGAUAUAUUAAUGCAUCUAAAUGUUCUUGAUUUUAGGUCUCUUCUGUUUUAAAAUUAGUUUCUUUUUGAUAAUUUUUAAACGAAAGAUCAAUUUUGACGUUUCGACUUUAAGAUUUUCGGUGGUUUUGAAUUGUAUUUAUUCUUGUAAAAAUUUUUAAAUUCAUAAGAUUUAAAAUUCAAUAAUCAAAGUAUAUUCAAAAUAUAUAUAUAUAUUGAUCAAUUGAUCAAUUUUAAACUGUCACCCAUCAAAGCAUACUGGCCUAAAUCGAAUCUCAAGAGCUGUCAUGAAUAUGGAGCUUCAAUAAGUUAAAAACAUGAUUAUUACAAUUAUUUCGUAUCGUACUUUCCACAACUAAAUUCUACAAACGAUUUUUGCAACUAUGAAUAGUAGAAAUUGACUGAUUUUUUGUUAUUUUUGCAUAAUUUCUUUCGAAAUAUAAAAAAAGAUUAAACCGUUCAUUUUUUUCUACUAUUCUGUAGAAAUAAAAGUUGUUCCUAAAAUAGUAGAAGUGCUCAAAGUGUCACCCUUAUCAGCUUUUAUAUUAAUCUAGUACAGACCAAUGUACUGCUCAAUAUCUUGUUUACUUAUAAAUUUAUAUCAGUAGGUAGUGUGAACUAUUUAUUAUUUCUAGUAUUUUUAACUGUUGAAAACAUAAUUUCCAUUCAAAUUAAUUAUAUAAUCUUACCGAACUUGGUUCUUUUGUACUUCUGAAUCACUUAUCAAUUAGAGAUAUAGCACACUUAACAUAUUAGGCACUACAAGUUCAUAUUAUAAUAUUUUUUGAAAACCCAAAACUUGAAAAUAACUAUUAUAAACAUGUAGUUGUAAGUUUUAUUCUAUUUGUAUUUUUCUUUUUCCAACCCCUGUUCCUAUCUGCCGAAAUAUUCCUUUUCAUCCACCCAUUCUUUAUAUCUUCUAGCUCCAUACGAGCUCGUUAAUUUGUUUGAUUUUCUUCCCUUUGCAUCGACUUAUUUCGGUGUAGAUGUUCAUUCAACGUUCCCUUUUCUUUGUAGGAGUCUUGGUGCAACAUCAUUAUUACCAAUUUACUUAUAAAAUACGCAUACCGAAUUCGUUUUCCUUUUCUAAAUCUUUUAAUAUUUACUAUAUUAAAAUACUUGUCUUGGAAACUUUGAAAAAUUUGGAACGACCUCUAAAUAGAAUCUUCGUAAUGUAGUUUGGUUACUGUUGAAGAUUUCCAUCUCCUAGGCUCUCCAGAAGUUUUAAUUUUGGGGACUUGUUGGACCUUCUUGGUGUUCUUUACUUAUUAAAAUGUUUUUUAUACUUCUUUUCCAUCCUUCAUAUAAUGGUAACAUUUUUCAGAGUGUCUAUUUGUCUUUUCCAUUUUUUGUCUUCCUUUAAGUUUCUCAAUUCACUGUGCAUUUUUUUAAGGCUAUUUCAUCAUUUUAUUCCAUCUCUUUUCUAUGGGAGGUUUCCCUUCCAUUUUCCAAGUAUCUCAAUUUCAUGCUUCUUUAAAUAUUUCCAGUGGCUAUUUAUUCUUUUUCCAUCAAGAUAUGAUAAAAAUUGGUAAGAUCUACCUUAUAUUAAAUUGAAACCACCUACUAUUCGUUAAACAACUCAUUAGUACAAGGUAGGUGGUGCAAUCUAAUCUGGAUUGGAUAUUUAAAGCAACGCAAAGUCGAGAAAUUGUAUUUGGAAAAUGCCAAAAUUAGGUGACAAGUUUAAAAAUUAGGUGCUCUGUAAUUUUCAUAGUAACGGAAUACUCAAAGUAGCGGUGCUAGGAAAACGUGACGCUAGCAACGUAAUGAAAAUAAUUUCAAUACAUUGAUUGUUGAGGUAAUAAAAUAAGGUGUUUAUUAGAUGCUGAAGAGUCAAUAUCGUGAAAACGCCCAAAUAAUUAAUAAUUUAGUCAAUUUCCUUGAGAUAACAAAUCUAAAAAUUAAUACUCAAUCAGGUAUUCACUAAGCAGGAACAUUAGGUGCUAAUUAGGUGCUUGUGGGAAAUUUAGAUGAAAAAAAUCAUAUGCAAAUGAAAGAAAAAUUCAGGGUAUCUGAUACUAUAAAAAAGGCAAAAUAUAAAAUAGAUUUUUAAAAUGCUGACUAUUUAAGUGCUUUAAUGAAAAAAAGAAAACAUUGCAAUAUAUUCACCCCUUUAUGGGUGAUAAAAGCCAUAAAGCCGUCAUGAGUUAUAUAAGUCCAGGGAAUGAUUUUUUUAUCUUAUCGAAAGUGUUAGAAAAUGAGGUACUAAUUAAGUGCUCACUAAGUAAUCAGAAGACAGUGGAGAAAUAUCAUUUCUACAAUGGUUGGAGACCUGGAAACCAUCAUGCCUGAUAUACUAAGUCCUAUUAGGUUUCUUCCAUUUUGAAAACUGUCAUAGAAUUAAGUGCUAAUUAAGUGCUUACUAAAUAAUAAGCGACAGUCUAGAAAUAUCAUUUCUACAGUGGUUGGAGACCUGGAAACCAUCAUGCCUGAUAUACUAAGUCCUAUUAGAUUUCUUCCAUUUUGAAAACUGACAUAGAAUAAAGUGCUAAUUAAGUGCUUACUAAAUAAUUAGGAGACAGUCAAGAAAUAUCAUUUCUACAUUAUUUAGAGACCUCAAAACCACCAUGCCUGAUGUACUAAGUUCUAGCAGAAAUGUUUUAUCUCUCAAACUGACAUAGAAUAAGGUGCUAAUUGAGUGCUCAUUAAAUAAUCAGGAGAUAAUCAAGAAAUAUCAUUUCUACAUUAUUUAGAGACCUCAAAACCACCAUGCCUGAUGUACUAAGUUCUAGCAGAAAUGUUUUAUCUCUCAAACUGACAAAGAAUAAGGUGCUAAUUGAGUGCUCAUUAAAUAAUCAGGAGAUAAUCAAGAAAUAUCAUUUCUACAUUAUUUAGAGACCUCAAAACCACCAUGCCUGAUGUACUAAGUUCUAGCAGAAAAGUUUUAUCUCUCAAACUGACAUAGAAUAAGGUGCUAAUUGAGUGCUCAUUAAAUAAUCAGGAGAUAAUCAAGAAAUAUCAUUUCUACAUUAUUUAGAGACCUCAAAACCACCAUGCCUGAUGUACUAAGUUCUAGCAGAAAAGUUUUAUCUCUCAAACUGACAUAGAAUAAGGUGCUAAUUGAGUGCUCAUUAAAUAAUCAGGAGAUAAUCAAGAAAUAUCAUUUCUACAGUGUUUGGAGACCUCAAAACCACCAUGCCUGAUGUACUAAGUUCUAGCAGAAAUGUUUUAUCUCUCAAACUGACAAUGAAUAAUUUGCUAAUUGAGUGCUCAUUAAAUAAUCAGGAGAUAAUCAAGAAAUAUCAUUUUUGCAGUGUUUGGAGACCUCAAAACCACCAUGCCUGAUGUACUAAGUUCUAGCAGAAAUGUUUUAUCUCUCAAACUGACAAUGAAUAAGUUGCUAAUUGAGUGCUCAUUAAAUAAUCAGGAGAUAAUCAAGAAAUAUCAUUUUUGCAGUGUUUGGAGACCUCAAAACCACCAUGCCUGAUGUACUAAGUUCUAGCAGAAAAGUUUUAUCUCUCAAACUGACAAUGAAUAAGUUGCUAAUUGAGUGCUCAUUAAAUAAUCAGGAGAUAAUCAAGAAAUAUCAUUUUUGCAGUGUUUGGAGACCUCAAAACCACCAUGCCUGAUGUACUAAGUUCUAGCAGAAAUGUUUUAUCUCUCAAACUGACAUAGAAUAAGGUGCUAAUUGAGUGCUCAUUAAAUAAUCAGGAGAUAAUCAAGAAAUAUGAUUUCUACAUUAUUUAGAGACCUCAAAACCACCAUGCCUGAUGUACUAAGUUCUAGCAGAAAAGUUUUAUCUCUCAAACUGACAAUGAAUAAGUUGCUAAUUGAGUGCUCAUUAAAUAAUCAGGAGAUAAUCAAGUAAUAUCAUUUUUGCAGUGUUUGGAGACCUCAAAACCACCAUGCCUGAUGUACUAAGUUCUAGCAGAAAUGUUUUAUCUCUCAAACUGACAAUGAAUAAGUUGCUAAUUGAGUGCUCAUUAAAUAAUCAGGAGAUAAUCAAGAAAUAUCAUUUCUACAUUAUUUAGAGACCUCAAAAUCACCAUGCCUGAUGUACUAAGUUCUAACAGAAAUGUUUUAUCUCUCAAACUGACAAAGAAUAAGGUGCUAAUUGAGUGCUCAUUAAAUAAUCAGGAGAUAAUCAAGAAAUAUCAUUUCUACAUUAUUUAGAGACCUCAAAACCACCAUGCCUGAUGUACUAAGUUCUAGCAGAAAAGUUUUAUCUCUCAAACUGACAUAGAAUAAGGUGCUAAUUGAGUGCUCAUUAAAUAAUCAGGAGAUAAUCAAGAAAUAUCAUUUCUACAUUAUUUAGAGACCUCAAAACCACCAUGCCUGAUGUACUAAGUUCUAGCAGAAAAGUUUUAUCUCUCAAACUGACAUAGAAUAAGGUGCUAAUUGAGUGCUCAUUAAAUAAUCAGGAGAUAAUCAAGAAAUAUCAUUUCUACAGUGGUUGGAGACCUCAAAACCACCAUGCCUGAUUUCCUAAGUUCUAACAGAAAUGUUUUAUUUAAUUAAAUUAAAUAAUCAGGACACAGUCGAAAAAUGUCAUUUCUGCAGUGUUUGGAGACCUUAAAACAACCAUGCCUGAUGUAUUAAGUCCUGGUAGAAUUUUUGUAUCUUAAAAAACUACCAUAGAAUGAAGGUAUCACCCAAUAAUCAUGUAAGACUCAGCUGUAAAUUUUUCCUAUGACUUAUGUUCUGUAACUAUUCUUUUAACUUGUAAGUGCCUGUUUUUAGAUUGACGAGAAUAAUUAUCCUUUUGCAAAUAUGACUUCCAAUUUUACUCAACAAAUCUUAGAAAAAUGAGCACAAUUCGGAAUUCUACUCGUAACUAACUUAAAUUUAUGUACGGUUAAAAAUUUUACCAAUUCUUGAUUGGGUAUCGAUUUAAAUUUUAGAAAUACCUGAUUUUUAGACUCGUUAUCUCACGGAAAUUAACUCGUUUAUCAUUUAUUCUGGCACUUUCACGAUAUUGACUCUUCAUUACCUAACUAGCACCUCAUUUUAUUACCUCAACAAUUAAUGUAUUGAAAUUAUUUUCAUUGCGUUGUUAGCAUCACGUUUUUCUAGCACCGCAACUUUGAUUAUUCCGUUGCUGUGAAAAUUACAGAGCAACUAAUUUUUGAGCUUGGCACCUAAUUAGCACCUAAAAUGUAGCUAAUAUUAUGUGCUUUUUGAUACACCAAGAGGUUGAGUUCUUAUUUGUUACUUAACUCAACAGAUAAAAAAAGUAAAAGUAUGGAUCGAAAUUAUAAUCACCUAAUAAAAAUAAAUUUUUUAGCUAGAUAAUACAAUAUCACAAUAUGAUGGUUCAAAUACAGUACAAAAGAACAAUUAUUAAAUAAAUGAACUAUUAUUUUUGACUUGUAGUUAUUUAAUAUUUGCAAAUCAAGGCAGUUUAACGAAUGUAUACCCCAACAAUAAAUUCAAUUGGCUGUUUUUUGGUAAACACAAAUUUGACUCAGUCAUAUAGUUGAUAAGUGUACUUGAUAAAGUUAAAAAUAAAGGUCAAGGUCAAACAAUGGAACAAAACAAGCUAGGAACUUGUAAAGACCUUUAUUUUGGUGAUAUCUGAAAAAUUCAUAAGACUUUCUUCUCAUCAAACUUUCUAUCUGCAUCUUUUUUUUUGUGUGUGAAAUUUCAUUUGUAUUUUCAACAUCCUUUCUUCUUAGUUCCUUCUUCACAUUGUCCCAUACCUCCCCGAAAGAGUUAUCCCAAUCCUUCCAAAGUUAGGUUAGAACUCGUUCUGAAAUCAUGACUCGAAAAGAUAUCAAUCAGUUACAUCGAUGAAAUCAGUUUUUGAAUAAGCAUUGCCUAUUUAAUAAAUUGUAAAUUGUGAAAGGGUUGAAAUCAAUCACUCUAUUGAUUAACUUUAGCCAAAAUUUCUUACUAAAGUAGUGGAAGUGCUCAAAGUACUGCUCAAUAUCUUGUUUACUUAUAAAUUUAUAUCAAUAGGUAGUGUGAACUAUUUAUUAUUUUUAGUAGUUUUGACUGUUGAACUUGAAUAAGCAUUUCCUAUUUAGUAAAUUGUGAAAGGGAUGAAAUCAAUCACUCUGUUGGAUAACUUUAGUCAAACUGAAAGUCAUGAAACUUUCCGCAUAAUGGAAUUAAGUUUAAUAAUGUUCAAUAAAUUUAAUAAAAUUGUAGAUUUACUCAGACGCAUCGGGGGUAUUUUUCCAGUCCCGCUACCCUAAAGUUACAGGAGUGGGUUGCUUUUCGAGAUUUAUCAAGGGUUAAUUAUAAAUGUUAAUUUUUGUUCCAACAUCCUUUCUUCUGUUUCCUUUGCUCCUUCUUCAUACCUUCCCAGAAGAGUUACCCCAGUCCUCCCAAAGGUUAGGUUAGAAUUCGUUCUGAAAUCAUGACUAAGCAUUACCAUUUACAGGAUUGUUUAUUAAGGGUUGUUUUUCGAGGUUUUAUCAAGGUUCAAUUAUUAAAUGUUAAUUUUUGUUCAAUAUCCUUUCUUUUGUUUCCUUACCUCCUUCUUCACACUGUCCCAUACCUUCCCAGAAGAGUUACCCCAGUCCUCCCAAAGGUUAGGUUAGAAUUCGUUCUGAAAUCAUGACUAAGCAUUACCAUUUACAGGAUUGUUUAUUAAGGGUUGUUUUCGAGGUUUUAUCAAGGUUCAAUUAUUAAAUGUUAAUUUUUGUUCAAUAUCCUUUCUUUUGUUUCCUUACCUCCUUCUUCACACUGUCCCAUACCUUCCCACAAGAGUUAUCUCAUUCAUCCCAAAAGUGUAAGUUAGGUUAGAAUCCGUUCUGAAAUCAUGACUAAGUAUUUUAGUAAAUUGUGAAACGGAUGAAAUCAAUCACUCUGUUAGAUAACUUCAGUCAAACUGAAAGUCAUGAAACUUCCCAAAUAAUGAAAUUAAGGUUAAUAAUAAAUUGAAUAAAAUUGUAGGUUUACUCAGACGCAUCGGGGUAUUUUUCCAACCCUGGGUUAAUUAUUAAAAGUUAAAUGUUAAUUUUAUGGUCCAUUUUCUUAGAGUAAUAUAUGGGACUAAAAAAAUUCAUGAAACGUUUUGAUUUGCAAAAAUGAAGGCAAUAUGUAUUAUGAGUGAAUUUAAUUUACUCUUAGGUUAUAGUAUAGUUUCUAGUAGUAAAUGAAAUGUUGUUGUUGGUCAGUAUAUUUAUUUGUUAUUUUUAUAUAUAUAAAAAUAUCUUUUCCUAUUUUAUAUUCCUACUGUUUUUUCUUUAAGUACUUAUAUAUAAUUGUACGUGAUUUAUGUAUUACUUAGGUAAUUUUUAUAGUUAUAAUCUAACAAUUUCCAUUUUAUAGUUUUAUUUUCAGAACAUUACGGUCAGUAUGGUUUUUAUUAUCAUAAAGUGUAUGUAUGUUAUCACAUGUCUAGCACCAUGAUUUUAUUUUGUCACGCGAUUCCAUUUUUAGCAAUAUAUAUUUAUAUUGAUAUUAAAAAUAUUUGUUAGGGCACAUAUUAAACGGAAUAUUUCAGUUACCAUUAUACAUUUCGAUAGUUCUGUAUUGUGCUGUUUUUUCAGUGUAACGUUACCGAAUUUCAAAAUUGUGAUAUGAUAAAUUAAAAUAAAUAUACAUAACAUACUU